AUAAAUGACCAUAAAAACAUUCACGGGGACAUGCCACGGCCUCUGCCAUGCGCACCACCGAGGUGGAACAACCCCCACCAGCCUACCUUCAGCAGGAGGGGGGCGUUUUCAGCCAGGUACCCCCAGCAGACUCCCAGGGAUUUCCAGAUGCGCCAGGGGCAUUCCUGGAGGAAAAAAUAUUCCCUCGUCAACCGGCCGCCGGGAUCAGCGUUUGAUGGUGGCAGCGGUGGAAUUGCCAGCACAUCUCAGGCUUUUGUAAACAGUGUGGACAACCAGGCCCCUGAGCUACCAGAAUCAUCCCCGGAGAGACAUGUGGACUUGACCACAGAUGGUAAUAUAGUUGUGGGGAUCCAGCUGCCACAGAGGGCUGGCCCCUUUGUAGAUAUGAAAGAUUUUGCUGACGUGGGUUCUUACUGUGGGUUUUCUGGGCUGAAAACAGAGGUCACCGCUUCAGGUGACAGCGAAGACACGCAGAAAUCUCAGUAUGUGAGCCAAAGCGAAGAGACGCGACCUUCUCUCUCUGUUUCAUUUAGUUCAUCUCACCGGUGCGUGAGCUCGGUGUACAGGAGCGUGUCGGAUAAGCCUCGAACCGUGCAUCUGGCCAGCGACGUGGCCAGCAGCUCCCCUGCCUCUUGUGGAAGCACCAGUGAAAGCGCCGUGACGCUGAAAUCGGAGCCCCAACAGCCUUCGGUGUUGGCAGAUGGCGAGGGGGCUCGGCACGUGGUACGGAGGAAGGCAGAACCACCGGCUCCUUGGCCGUCUGGUUGUGAGCGAGGCUGGGAUGGUUUCAGAGAGCCGAAGCUUCUUGGAAAUGGUGAGACAUGCUCCAAACCAGCUCAGGCUGCCACUGUAGGGGUUGGGGGGGCUCCAGUGAAGAGCAAGUUUUCUGUAGGCCCCAAAUCUGCCGGUCUCCAAAGAGCUGCCUCAACGUCCGUCUCCAGCAAAGCUACGAAAUUCAAGAAAACUAAUUACACCUGGGUUGCAAACCCUGGUAAAUGCUCUCGUGCUGUGAAGAGAUGGGUCAGCCCUAGAGCUUCGGAAAGUGCCAAGAAAGUCGUUGGUGGAGCGGAAAAAGUUGCUAAACUAUCACCAAAAGCAGAUUUGGGAGCAAAGCUGAAGAAAUCGGGACUGCAGUCCAAAAUGGGUGUUUCUCCCAGCAAGUAUAAGUGGAAAGCCUCCAGCCUGCAGACCUCGCCCUCCACGUCCAAGUCAGCGUUCAGGUGGCGAUCCGAGGAUCAGAAAAAGCCUCCAGCCUUCAACCUGCCUCAUGUGGCCCCGCUGCCUCCCAGCACUGCGGAGGCCGGUCUCAGCGGGGUGAAAUCCUCCUUCGGCGAUGCCACACUGUCCAGUUACAAAGUGAAGAGUCGGACAAAAAUCAUCAAGAGAAAAGGAAGCUCGGGUUCCCCAACGGAGAGGAAGAACGGCUCCUCGCCCACCACGCCUCUGAAAAGUCACUUCCAUCUCAGGAAGAAAAACUCCUCGCGGGGAAAACCUUCUGUGACGCUGAAACGCUCCUCGCCCAAGGGCUUGGUGCAGAUCACCAAGCACAGGCUCUGCAGGCUGCCGGCCACCAGGAUGCAGGGCUCCUCCAAGGAAGGAGCCAACUUGCACUUCAUAAGGAGCCCCCCAGCCAACAAGGUGAUAAAGACACGCUACAGGAUAGUGAAGAAGAACGUGGUGUCUCCAGCUUUAUCAUCCUUCAGCAGCCCCAUUCCCAACUGGAAGACGAGGCGCCCCGUAACAUCCAGAUCCCUGUUAUUAAACCAAACACGCCCGUCGCCUCAAGGUGCCAAGUCUCAGCAGGUCCAACAGAGAUGGAGGAGCAAAGGCUAUCGCUGCAUCGGCGGCGUCAUGUACCGAGUGUCGGCGAAUAAACUCUCCAAGACAUCCAGCACCCCUGGCCGGGGCAGGGACCUGAGCACCAAGAGCUCCGGCAGAACAGCGAGGUUGCACUGUGUGCCCAGUCCUGGCUUCUCUCCAUCCGGCUGCCCGAACAGAUCAGCUACGAGCCGAUACAUCGCCAGCCGUGCUGUUCAGCGGAGUUUGGCCAUCAUCCGUCAAGCCAAGCAGAAGAAAAAGAAGAAGGAAUACUGUAUGUACUACAACCGCUUCGGCAAGUGUAAUCGCGGGGAGAGCUGCCCCUACAUCCACGACCCAGAGAAAGUGGCCGUCUGCACCAGGUUUCUCCGUGGCACGUGCAAGAAGACGGACGGGACCUGUUCGUUUUCCCACAAAGUGUCCAAAGACAAGAUGCCAGUGUGCUCCUACUUCUUGAAGGGAAUUUGCAGUAACAGCAACUGCCCGUACAGCCACGUCUACGUGUCCAGGAAGGCAGAAGUGUGCCAGGAUUUUCUCAAAGGCUAUUGCCCCAUGGGAGAAAAGUGCAAGAAGAAGCACACGCUGGUUUGCCCCGACUUUGCCAAGAAAGGCGUCUGCCCCAGGGGUGCCCGGUGCAAGCUGCUGCACCCACAGAAGAAGCGCCACCCAAGAGAGACAGAAGAUGGCGACCGCAGCGACCACCCCUCCAAGUGGAGACGGGUCUUGGAGGAGACGGACAGGAAUGAUUCAUCUCAGCUCCACGAUGAUGGAGAAAUGCCCGGACCCUCCGGUGCGGAGCAAGAGGUGAAGUUUUGGAAAGAGACGGGCAGUUCGCCAACCAGCUGGCUGAAAAAGCUGCCGUCCUUCAUCUCCCUCCAGUCCUCAUCAUCCCCCAGUGACCAGGGCUGCAAAGUGGAGAAGGAUGAGGACGAGCCGGAGGACGAGCCAGGCAGCACCAAAUGGAAGAGAACUUUGCCCCCGGCAUCCUCGCGGGACUCUGACAACACCCGUCUGGAGGAGGGUGGCCGAGGCAAACAGCUGCAGAUCAAGCCCCGGCUGUGAGCAAGACCCGAUCCCGUGGCAACCAACCAGCUCAGGAACCGCAGAGCCGGGCACGACCUGGCACCUACCUCAGGACUCCGCGGCCAGACGCGACACCCCCUUCUCAUCUUGUUUUUCCGGGACAUCAUUUUGUCAAGGAGCCGGGCGGCAGCGUGAGGAAGUGCCAACCCGUUCCUGCAGGGAAGCAGCUUUCUUUGAAAUAUUUUUCAUUUGCCAAUGAAUUACUUUUUCAGCCAGUUUACUGAAGGCAAACCCUGCCGCCAGGCUCCUUGCGGGGCUGGGAAGAGGCUCCCAUCCCCAUCCAUCCUCUCACAGAUCGUGGUUCUGCUGCUGUCCCGGACACGAGGUGACACGGGGGGGACCUGAGGAGCUUAAUGCCAUCACCUGACGUGCUUGAUUCCAGGUCGGCCACUAUACUGGGGACAAGCAUGGCCGGUGGUCACAAGUCACCUUGCUGAGAUGUAACGGGGUGUAAAAGCCCCCGCACGGCUCAGCCCUCAUCUCUGCAUGCCGAGAGCCCACCUGCAUCCCUCCCGCUCCAUCCCCUUGGUUUGGGGAGGAGAUUCCUCGGAGCGGAGCCGUGUGCUGAGAGCAUCCCUAGUGGAAACGGGUGUUGGGAGCAGCCUUGAGCUCACACCAACUGCUCUCCCGCUGCCACCUGCACCCUGACCCCCAACCUCUCCCCAUCCCUAAGAGGAUUUUAUCUCCCUUGGGAGACCCAAACCAGUUCUUUUGGAUUUUUUGGGGAGGUCACUCCAAAUCCCAGCAGGAACAAAACACAGGGGGGAACAUUGUGCUGAGCCGGCGCAAUGGGUUUUUGCAUCUGUGGGUACAGUUUCCAUGGGGAUUUCGGGGCGGAGGAUGCUGCUCCCCACCACAGAUGCGAUUUUAGGGAUGACUGCAGGAUCUCCCCUUACCCAGAGGUGCUGGGGAGGGUGCGGGGGGGUGCUGGAUUUGCCCCUCAAUCACGGGAAAAAGGCAUCAGCAGGGAGGUGGGUGAGCACUGGGGCUCCCUGGGGACCCAGCACCCAGGUGCUGUCGGCAGUGGGGUGGGCAACGGAGCCGUGGGCUCAGGUGCACCGAGGGGCUGACAGCUGCAGUUUC